CAAACUGCCCUCACUGGGAAUCCUAUGGUCCAGCAGUGAUGAAGAGCUUGAUUUUGAUACUAACGGUGGCCCUAGUAGCCAGCAACUUCAACCACAUCUGUGGUCUUAUAAUGGAAGGGCAUGUUGCUUACUUGGGAAGAUGCAAGUGCUUAAAGUACAUUUCAUUGCCUUUUAGUCCAAAACAAGUGAAACACAUUCAAGUCAUCCUCCAAGGAAUACACUGCCGAAGGAUGGAGAUUAUAUUAACUCUGAUAAAUGGCUGGAAAUUCUGCAUCCACCCUAAUACUCCUUGGGUGACUCAAUUACUUAAGAAGUUGACAAAGAGCUAAUUGCAAAUGGAUUUUCUGGGGGCAAAGACAUCCUUAAGACGUCUUGACAAAAUCAGC